AUCUCCUCCACUCCCCCUCUCAUCCAACCGGUGACCAUAUCCCACUCUUCCUCGCCGAUUACAACUCACUCAAUCCUCGCCUUACCAUGACGUCAUCCGCCGAUUCCUCGGCUCUCGACCUCAUCCGCGAGCAUCUCCUCGGCGACAUCGCCGUCUCUGACGAUUACGGGUGUAGUUCUUAUCGGAUUCACGACCCGUUAAGCUCUAUGAUCCACUUCGGAUCCGAACCCGAACCAGAACCAGAACCAGAACGGCGACCCUUCGUGCUUUCCAUCCCGCACCACGAGCCGCCGGCGGUGGAGUGGGUGACGGCGACGGCGACGGCGACGGCAACGGCGCCAACAGCGGCAGCGGAGCGGAGGUAUCGUGGUGUGAGGCAGCGGCCGUGGGGGAAGUACGCUGCGGAGAUUCGAGAUCCGAAUCGGAGAGGGUCUCGUGUCUGGCUUGGGACUUACGACACCGCCGUUGAGGCGGCGAGAGCUUACGACCGCGCUGCUUUCCAGAUGCGUGGUUGCAAGGCGAUCCUCAACUUCCCUAACGAGAUUGCGAGCUCCGGCCAGCCGGCGAUCGUGGGAGGUGGGAAGAGGAGAAGAGAGGAGGAGGAGGAUGAGGAGGUAGUAGAGGUUAAGGUUGUGAAGAAAGAGAGAUUACUGGAGUAUGAUGAGAUGGUCCCGGUUCCAGUUCCGAUUCCGGCGAUGGCGCCGUUGACGCCGUCGAUCUGGAGUAGUGUUUGGGAGGGCGGUGAGGAAGCGAAGGGGAUCUUCAGCCUGCCGCCGUUGUCGCCGUUGUCGCCGCACCCCCAGAUGGGGUUUGCUCAGCUGAUGGUACAGUGAAUGUGAAAUUAUUAAAAUAUAGAGGGGGGUAAGUGAAAAGAAGUACCCAAAAAUAAGAAAAUUAAAUGAGAAAAAAAUCUUUGGCUUGGGGAGAAAUGAGAGAGAGCAUGUGUGUACAUAUACGUAUUUGAUUAUGAUGGAAUGGUAUUUGUUUGGUAUUUUGUGUAAUUA